AUGCUCGUUUUAUAUUUCUUCUUCGCUCUGUUCCUGGCAGUUGAUUGUGCAGUACCGUUCUAUGAUGAGGUAGAUGAGAAUCAAGCAGGCAUUGCUGGACCACCACCACCACCAUCACCACCACCAGAGCCAGUGGCAGGAGGGAAAAGCAAAUUCCUCGUCAAUGCGACCGAACAAGUAGUUGAUGCCAACGCUUCUGAUAGUACUCUUUCUAACACUUCUCACACUACUCCAACGCCAUUUUUGGAGCUGUGGAUAUAUCAGGAAGAUUUUCUUGUUUCUGGAUAUCAGGCUAUAUGCGGGAAGGCUACAUCAUGCGCAGAAGACGUAGUGAGAGACGAGGCAGACGACGACAUCGAAGGCGACGGCACCAUCGUAGAUUGCACUAUCAUUAUUAAUGAAAAACAGAAGGUUAAGACAUUGCAAAUUUACCCUUUUCCUUUCAAACUUGCGGCUCCAUGA